GGCUGUACCCUUAUUCUAUGCUCUCUUUCUACCUUCUCGAUUCGAUUUUUUCUCUAAAUUGCAAAACCCUAACCCUAAUAAUUCGUUUUGAAACAAAUAAAUAAACAAAUUCUUCUCUUUUAAUUGUUUUCAUUCUCCUAAUUAUUGAUGCUCUGAACUCCAAUGCGAGGUAGGCAUCGAUCCGGUGCGUGGAGCUUAGGCGAUGGACGCGUUGAAGGAGAAUCUGGCGGAGGUAGAGAUUGGGAGCACCGUGGAGUCAAUUCAAAAGUUUAUAGACAUUCAGAGGGAGCUCUUCCACAGCCAGAUCGAUCAGCUUCAGAAUGUUGUUGUUACACAAUGCAAACUCACCAGCGUCAACCCACUCGCCCAAGAAAUGGCAGCUGGUGCUUUGUCAAUAAAAAUUGGGAAACGGCCUAGAGAUUUGCUAAACCCUAAGGCUGUGAAGUAUAUGCAAGCUGUUUUUUCCAUUAAAGAUGCGAUUACUAAGAAAGAAUCCCGAGAGAUUAGUGCCCAAUUUGGCGUUACUGUCACACAGGUGCGUGAUUUUUUUAAUAGCCAACGCACUAGGGUGAGAAAGCAAGUUCGGCUGUCAGGGGAGAAAGCCUUGAGAUUCAAUGCUUGUAAAGAAACAGAAGAAGGGAUACUCCCAACUGGAUCUGAAGCUGUUAUACCAGUUGAGCCAGUUCCCUUAAACUCUGUUGGCCCUGUUAAUUCUGAAGAAGCACCAUCAUGCUCGACACAGGAUGAUUCUCUUACUGGCAUAGACGAGCUGGAUAAACAUUUUGUUGAAAACAUAUUCAGUAAGAUGCAGAAAGAAGAAACUUUUUCCGGGCAGGUGAAACUGAUGGAGUGGAUGUUGCAGAUACAAAAUCCGUCAGUAUUGUAUUGGUUUUUAAGUAAAGGUGGUGUGAUGAUUAUAGCAACAUGGCUGAGUCAAGCAGCUGUUGAAGAACAAACUACUGUUGUCUUGAUCAUCCUCAAGGUUCUUUCACAUCUACCUCUACAAAAAGCUCUCCCCGAACAUAUGUCAGCCGUACUGCAAAGUGUUAACGAGCUGCGUUUGUACAAAUUUUCAGACGUAUCGAACAGGGCAAGGCUUUUGAUAUCACGGUGGAGCAAAAUGUUUGCAAGAAGCCAAACUGCGAAGAAACCAAAUGGCUUGAGGUCCUCUACUGAAACACAGAAUGAGAUGCUACUGAAGCAGAGUAUCAGUGAAAUUAUGGGUGAUAGCUCGUGGCAGUCAAAUGUUUACAAUUCUGAAGGAACUCUUACUACAUCUAAUGUCAGGAAAUUAGAUUCUCCUCAAGUUUUGAAACAGCUACCGGCUUCCACGGAUGACUUUGCAAAGAAGAACCACCUUGGUGUUUCUGGUUCUUAUAGCAGGGAACGUAGGAAGGUUCAGUUAGUGGAACAACCAGGACAAAAAGUGGCUGGCAAAAACUCCCAAACUACAAGAACAGUACCAGUUAGUCAAAGUCGUCCUUUGUCUGCUGAUGAUAUCCAAAAAGCAAAAAUGCGUGCCCUGUAUAUGCAGGGUAAACAUGGGAAAGUUGGUUCCUCUAAUGGGAUGAAUGAAAUGAAGAGUGAAGGUCCGAACAAACCUUCACCUUCUAAGACCAGCUUUUCUCGACCAGUUUCUAAAAUGCCCUCCCAGCCACCUGAAGAACAAAAGAAGUCUGCAAUACUUCCUCCCAAAACUUCUAACAGGCUGGAAAUGACUGUUGAUCCAAAACAGCCUGUGGCUUCAAAGGAAUCUCCAUGGGAGAAAUGCCAAGAGUUCAAAAUCCCAUGGCACAUACCACCAGAAAUAAAAAUCGAUCAACUUUGGAGCGUUGGUACCGGUGAGAGUAGCAAAGAGGUUGACAUGCAGAAAAACAGAAACCGUAGAGAGAGGGAAACAUUCUAUUACACGAACCAGGAGAUACCCUCUAACCCCAAGGACCCAUGGGAUCGAGAAAUGGACCACGAUGACACACUGACCCCAGAAAUCCCAACCGAACAACCACCCGAUACUGACUCCACUGAAACACAGGUCACCCAUGGUGAACAUGUAAAUGGCACAGCAGCUACUUCGAAACCUUCUUCCUCCCAAAUCGGUGGUGCAGCUGCAGCCGAGCCAGAUCUUGAGUUGUUAGGUGUGCUGCUGAAAAACCCAGCUUUGGUUUUUGCCUUAACUUCUGGCCAAGCUGGUAACUUGUCGAGUGAAGAAACUGUGAAGCUGCUAGACAUGAUUAAGGCUGGUGGGGCUGAUGCUGCUAAAAAGGUGGAAGAGAAGGUUGAAGUGUCUCUUCCAUCUCCGACGCCAUCGAGCAAUCCUGGAACGAGUGGAUGGAGACCGGAGGCUGUGGGGAACCCUUUUUCACAACAUAGUCAAAUGGGAAACAGAGUUGCCCAAGCUUCUGUUGGAGUUCGAACGGCUAUUCCUGUUGCCGAACGGCUUCCCGCUACUAGCAUGGUGGCACCACAGCAAGAAGCAAAUGGAAGAUCAUUAGCACAACAGCUUGCAGCAGCCAUGGCACAGUUGUUGCCUCAAACAAAUACGACGAGUACAGAAAAGAUACAUUCCCCUAAUGUUGCUUAUUCACAUCAUGGUCAUUCUUCUAAUUCUCCAGUUAUGCAUUCGCAUACUGAUCCUUCAAUGCGGGUAGAAACCAUGGCACCACAUAUACCUGAAAAAGUGCACUCUUCAUAUUCUUCGUCUCCACUGAUGCCGACGCUGUCACAGCGACAAACACCACACUUACCCUAUCCUCUUCAACGGCAUCCAUAUUCCACUAGACCCCCAGUGGGAAACAUAGUUCCAAUGUCUGAUCCAUGGAGAGGCACACAGAGUUUGGGUUCUAAUUUUCAUUCUCAGGCUCAAAACAAUUAUAAUGCAUCAUCAUCGUUUGGAGGAUCUAUGCAGCCUCAGUCGCGAUCGGGCCUUCCUCCACAGAAAGAAAACGAGUACGUAAGUAAUGAUGGUUUCGAGUCGUGGAGUCCAGAUAAUAGCCCAAACAGGUUUUCAGAGUAUGCAGCGGGACUGAACUACAUGGAACCCAGAAUGAAUUCCGGCUGGAGCUAUGGAGCCGAUAGGCCAUCAUGGCAAGGGAAGUCUCCUGAACGUAGGGACCAGCACAGACAGGGAAAUAGAUGGCGUGACAGAAGAUGAAGAGGCUUGCUGCCGCUGUUGGGUUGGGAAUGUCGGGCUUGUCAUCCACCGUGGGUGUUUUUCCAUAGUGAUAAAAUUCUUAGGCGGUUGUAUAGGUGGAAAAUGGAAGCCAAUUGGACAAACGGGACGUCAUUGUAUGCUGGACAUUACAAAUGCAAUUGCACCUUUCUGGCUCUUCUCCAUUUGAUAAGCAACAUGAAAAAAUAAAAAGGAAGAAAAAAAAA